AUGAAGCCAUCAGUAAAGACCGAUCCUCCCAUGAUCAAGACCAACAGAGGGCAGCAUCGUCAACCCAAGGUCCGUACACCCAGCGAACAGUAUCUCAAGUUGUCGCAGCAAGAAUCGGUGGCAUGCGAUCGCAAAGAAACCCGAAAGCAACUCAUUGUGCUUGAUCUCAAUGGUACCUUGGUGAGCCGCACUGGUAAAAGGGGUGGAUACAGAGGGAUGUAUGUCAGGCCGUAUCAUGAUGAAUUCCUUGAGUACCUCUUUCAGCAUUUUACGGUUAUGGUAUGGAGUUCAGCGCAACCACAUUCAGUCGACAACAUGUGCCGUAUGUUUGGUGGAUAUCGAUCACAGCUGUACAAGGUGUGGGAUCGCACACAUCUUGGCUUGACCCAUGCCGAUUAUCACCGCAAAUCAGUUACCAUCAAAGACCUCGAAUUUAUAUGGCGGGAUUCUUCAAUUGCCAAUGACAACUUUGAUGCCACCAACACCAUACUCCUUGAUGAUUCCCCUGCCAAAGCUGUGCUUCAACCCUACAAUGCUAUCCAUCUCGCCACAUUUGAUCACAAGUCAUCCAUCUUUCGUGAGCAUGGUGAACGUGAGCUGUUGAGUGUUAUUCGUUACUUGGAUACGGUGCGUUGCCAUAGCAACCUAUGUAGCUAUAUGCGGCAGCAUCCAUACAAGAGCCCCGACAUCCUGGAAGACGGGGAAAAGGAGAACAGGACAUGUGUAUACCACUACCCUUUCGAUUCGGAAGACAAAGAAAAGCGUUCCUUGCAAGACUUGAAAGUGGACAAUACCCAAAAGGAAGAUCAACUAUUGGAGAAGCUGAGAUCAAUGAGGCUUUGA